AUGGCGCCGGAAACUGGCCGCCGACGUGGGUGGUUCCGAUUCUUCGUCGCGACCUUGUUCGCUGCGGCGGCGGUGGCGGGGCAGAUCAGUAGCGGCACGAACAACACGACGGCGGCGGUGGCGGUGAACGUCGGGGUGAUUGUGGACAUGGACAGAGCCGACUUCGCCGGGCAGGUGUGGCUGAGCUGCGUGGAAAUGGCGGUGUCGGAAUUCUACGGUUCGCACCCGAAUUACACCACCCGCGUCGUCAUCACCGCCAGGGAUUCCCGCAGAGACGACGUCGUUCAAGCUGCUGCUUCGGGUAAUUAA